AUGGCUACUGGCUCUUCCAACGAAGACCAGUUUGACCGAAAGAUUACAUACUGCGACCGAGACUUCCAAGAUUAUUCUCUCCGACACGAAAUAUAUCUCGCCCCAGUCGACCUCGAAGAAGAGACCCGAUUGAGAGACCAGCACGAGAUGCUGAAAUGGAUAUAUCGUGACUGGCAUAACCUCUUGCACCCGGAUUUCAUUGGUGAACCAGAGUCAGUACUGGACUGUGCCUUUGGGACAGGCAACUGGGCGUAUGAUUUGGCAGAGUACGACCCAGACUGUAGCGUGACCGGUGUCGACAUCUCCCCCCUCAUGGCGCCGCCAGAUCAGCUGGAAAACAUGGACCUCCAGGUACUUCGCCCCAUCAUCAUCUACAUACGCUGUGGAGGCGACCUGACAGCACCGGUCGGUCCUCCUCAAGGACUCGUUCUGUUCAGGCGCUUCCCACAAGCGUCAUUGCUGAAGAUCCAGCCGACUGAAGAUGGCAUCGCCAAUCUCAACGAUCGCCUCGAUUUCGCAGAGUCGGAGAGCUUCGACCUCAUACAUUCCCGCUUCGUGGCUGACGGCAUAGCAUCAUCACGCUGGCCAAACUAUUUCCGAGACAUAUAUCGUCUGCUGAAGAGAAAUGGCUGGGUUCAGGUGACCGAAUGGGACUUCACUUUUCGCUCCGCCACCGGAAACAGCGAUGCAUUACAAGCACUCCGAGUAUGGAGCCAACUGCAUGCUCAAUCCUUGGGCGCAUCUAGUCGUCCACAAGGCAGGAAAAGGGGCAGAGUAACAGAAGAUUGCGAGGCCUGGAUGCGGAUGGCAGGCUUCGUCGAUGUGAGUGCUGACGUUCGCGACAUUCCCACAUGUCCUUGGCCAACAGAUUCGCACGGCCGAUCCAUUGGCCAAGCAAAUCUAUCCAACAUGAAAGAGACUCUGCAUGCGCUGGCAUUGUAUCCUGUGACACAUCGGCAGUUUCGUACCAUUGAUGAGUUCAACGAACUGGUUGACGCGGCAUCCUCUGAACUUGGUAACAUCCAGGCCAAACCAUAUCUCAGACUACACACGUUCUUCGGCAGAAAGCCUUGA